AUGAAGGGCCUUCUGUGCUCACCACUGCCCAUGUUGCUGCUGCUCCUCCCGCCCCAGGAAACCGAGCUCGGGUUUGCAGGUCCCAAGUGCCGAACUGGGCCCCUAGAUUUGGUGUUUGUGAUUGACAGCUCCCGCAGCGUACGCCCUUUCGAGUUCGAGACCAUGCGGCAGUUCCUGGUGGGCCUCUUGCGUGCCUUGGAUGUGGGGCCCAACGCCACGCGCGUCGGUGUGAUCCAGUAUUCGAGUCAAGUGCAGAGCGUCUUCCCGCUGGGCGCCUUCUCGCGCCACGAGGACAUGGAGCGCGCCAUCCAUGCCCUGGUGCCGCUGGCGCAGGGCACCAUGACUGGCCUGGCAAUCCAGUACGCCAUGAAUGUGGCCUUCAGCGUAGCCGAGGGAGCGCGCCCGCCGGAGGCGCGCGUGCCGCGCGUCGCCGUCAUCGUGACCGACGGGCGGCCCCAGGACCGCGUGGCAGAGGUGGCGGCGCAGGCGCGCGCCCGCGGCAUCGAGAUCUACGCUGUAGGGGUGCAGCGCGCCGACGUGGGCUCGCUGCGCGCCAUGGCGUCGCCUCCGCUGGAUGAGCACGUCUUCCUCGUCGAGUCCUUUGAUCUUAUCCAGGAGUUUGGCCUGCAGUUCCAGGGCCGGCUGUGUGCCGUUGACCUGUGCGCCCAGGGGACCCACGGAUGUGAACACCACUGCGUCAGCUCCCCAGGCUCCUAUUCCUGUCACUGCCGAGCUGGCUUUGUGCUCCAGCGGGACCGAAGGAGCUGCAGAGCCAUCGACCACUGCAGCUUCAGGAACCACAGCUGUCAGCACGAGUGUGUCAGCACCCUUGGUGGGCCACAGUGUCGCUGCAGAGAGGGCCAUGAUUUGCUGCCUGAUGGGAGACGCUGUCAGGCCCGGGACCUUUGCAACGGCGUGGACCACGGCUGCAAAUUCCAGUGUGUGAGCGAGGGCCUGUCCUAUCGCUGCCUGUGCCCUGAGGGGCGGCAGCUCCAGGCAAAUGGCAAGAGCUGCAGCCGGUGCCGGGAAGGCCAUGUGGACCUGGUUCUGCUCGUCGAUGGCUCCAAGAGCGUGCGCCCGCAGAACUUUGAGCUGGUGAAGCGCUUCGUGAACCAGAUCGUGGACUUCCUGGACGUGUCCCCCGAGGGCACGCGCGUGGGGCUGGUGCAGUUCUCUAGCCGCGUGCGCACCGAGUUCCCGUUGGGCCGCUACGGGACCGCGGCCGAGGUGAAGCAGGCGGUGUUGGCGGUGGAGUACAUGGAGCGCGGCACUAUGACCGGCAUGGCGCUGCGCCACCUGGUGGAGCAUAGCUUUUCCGAAGCGCAGGGCGCGCGGCCCCGUGCCCUCAACGUGCCUCGCGUCGGCCUGGUCUUCACAGAUGGCCGCUCCCAGGAUGACAUCUCCGCGUGGGCUGCCCGCGCCAAGGAGGAAGGCAUCGUCAUGUACGCCGUGGGCGUGGGCAAGGCGGUGGAGGAGGAGCUGCGGGAGAUUGCCUCGGAGCCACCUGAGCUGCACGUGUCCUACUCCCCGGACUUCAGCACCAUGACGCACCUGCUGGAGAACCUUAAAGGCAGCAUCUGCCCGGAGGAGGGCAUCAGCGCCGGGACGGAGCUGCGGAGCCCAUGCGACUGUGAAAGCCUCAUGGAGUUCCAAGGCCGCACGCUAGGAGCGCUCGACAGCCUGACCCAGAACCUGGCCCAGCUGAUCGCGCGCCUGGAGAACCUGGAGAACCAGCUGGCCAACCGGAAGUGAGAGCUGCCGGGGGCCGGGAGAAGGGCUGGGCGCGGCCUAGUGGACCGUGUACCCUUGUGCGCCGUCGGAGCGCCUAGGCCCGGGCGAGCCUGGCCUGCGGGCUUGGCUGUCGGGAGGAGGCGCUGGCGGGCUCCCGGC